AUGCGUGAGGCGAUUUGCAUCCACAUUGGGCAGGCGGGUGUGCAGAUUGGCAAUGCAUGCUGGGAGCUUUUCUGCCUUGAGCACGGUAUCCAGCCUGACGGCCAGAUGCCUUCUGAUAAGACGAUCGGAGGCGGCGACGAUGCCUUCAACACGUUCUUCUCUGAGACUGGAGCCGGUAAGCACGUCCCCCGCUGUGUGAUGGUCGACCUGGAGCCCACCGUGGUCGAUGAAGUACGUACUGGUACCUACCGCCAGCUGUUCCACCCUGAGCAGCUCAUCUCUGGCAAGGAGGACGCCGCGAACAACUUCGCGCGAGGGCACUACACCAUCGGCAAGGAGAUCGUCGACCUCGUCCUGGAUCGGAUCAGGAAGUUGGCCGACAACUGCACUGGCCUCCAGGGCUUCAUGAUCUACAAUGCCGUUGGCGGAGGCACCGGCUCCGGGCUCGGCUGCCUGAUGCUGGAGCGCUUGUCUGUGGACUACGGGAAGAAGACGAAGGUCUCGUUCACCGUGUGGGCUUGCCCGCAGGUCGCCACGGCAGUGGUGGAGCCCUACAACACUGUGCUUUGCGUGCACUCCCUCCUGGAGCACACAGAUGUCACCAUCAUGUACGACAACGAGGCAUUGUACGAUAUAUGCCGCCGCAAUCUUGACAUCGAGCGCCCUACUUACACCAAUCUGAACAGGCUGCUGGCGCAGAUCAUCUCCUCGCUGACAGCGUCGUUGCGCUUCGACGGUGCUCUGAACGUGGACAUCACCGAAUUCCAGACGAACUUGGUGCCCUACCCACGCAUUCACUUCAUGCUCUCCAGCUAUGCACCCGUGAUCUCUGCGGAGAAGGCGUACCAUGAACAGCUGUCAGUGGCGGAGAUCACCAUGUCCGUCUUCGAGCCCGCAUCCAUGUACGUGAAGUGCGACCCUCGUCAUGGAAAGUAUAUGGCAUGCUGUAUGAUGUAUCGCGGAGACGUAGUGCCCAAAGAUGUGAACGCUGCGGUAGCUACUAUAAAGACCAAGCGCACCAUUCAAUUCGUGGACUGGUGCCCCACGGGCUUCAAGUGCGGCAUCAACUAUCAGCCUCCCACAGUGGUCCCUGGUGGCGACCUGGCCAAAGUCAUGCGCGCCUGCUGUAUGAUCAGCAACUCCACCGCCAUCGCAGAGGUCUUCUCGCGCAUCGACCACAAGUUCGACCUCAUGUACUCGAAGCGCGCGUUCGUGCACUGGUAUGUGGGCGAGGGUAUGGAGGAGGGCGAGUUCUCCGAGGCUCGCGAGGACCUGGCGGCGCUGGAGAAGGACUACGAGGAGGUUGGCAUCGAGACCGCGGAGGGCGAGGGCGAGGAAGAGGGCUACGGCGACGAGUUCUGA